ACCGCCUCCCCCUGUGCUCAUGCUUGGCUUUCCUGCUGAGAAGACUUCCAGCAUGGAUUUCUCUACCGCACGUCCGUCGUCUAGGCCGCCACGCCUUGCUAUCACCGCCUCUUUCACCUUGAUUGCUGUCUUCGUAAUCUGGCUCAUUCUCCCGCGGAGGUCCGACCCCCAGGACGAAGUGCUCUCCCUUCCUGUGAUUUCCAAGGCCGUUGCUGUGCUCAAUGGCGAGACCGUCAGCGGCACGGUCACGUUCACACAAUUGUUCCCUACCGCACCAGUCACUGUGUCUGGUGAGGUGAAGAAUCUCAAGACCUCGUCGAACCAUGGCUUCCAUGUCCAUGCUUCUGGGGAUUUGAGCAACGGCUGCGCGUCUGCAGGAUCGCACUUCAACCCGUUCGAAAGGACACAUGGUGCUCCGACAGAUAUUGACAGGCAUGUCGGAGAUUUGGGAAACAUUGAGACGGACUCGAAGGGCGUGGCGUCGUUCACGUUUGAGGAUAGCUUGAUCUCUCUCAAUGGGCCACUGAGUAUUGUGGGCCGGUCUGUGGUGGUUCAUGCUGGCACCGAUGAUCUCGGCCGUGGCGGCGACGAUGAAUCUCUGAAAACGGGCAACGCAGGAGGACGCGCUGCAUGCGGUGUCAUCGGCUUGGUGGCUUGAUGCGCAAGGCCCAAGUUCCCAUUGCGCGGUCGUAGGCGUUGUGGCCCUGACCACGAAAUUGGGUUGGGAUACUUCCCCCGCUAUGACUAUCGUAUUCCGAUGAACGUGACCAAAACGACGCAAGUGUGAUUGAUGUAGUGCAUGCCAUGGAUACUCCUAUUCAUCAACAACUGCCUCCGAGACUUACUAAUAACAGUCUGCGUGAAUGACAGCAGGAGUGCAUGAUGUCUGCAAUCCUGCACGCGGUUCACGUUUUCAC